UCAAUGAUUAACAAUUCUGCGGCUUUAGUCGUCAGUGGUUUCUCAAUAGUAAGUGUUUAAUCCGCAAGGUCAUCCUCCUCCUCCUCAUUUCCUUUAGGCAAGGUCUUCUUCCUUCCCUCUUUUUAAAAGAAGAAGAGUCAUCAUGAGGGGUGUUAUGAAAUCUUUUAUUAUAUUUCUGGUAUGGGCUGUUGAAGUGAAUUCAGAUACUUUUGAGGUUUUGACUGUUCCCUACGAACAAUUAUUCCCCAAGGGUCCUCCUCAAGGAAGUGCCACAAGACAUCGACAACAACAUAAUAUGCCAAACUUUAAUCAGUAUUAUCCAAAAUAUCCUCAUCAACAACGUCCAUAUACAUCAAAUACAGAUUGGGUGUGUCGUAAUCCUUCAACUGGUGAUAUGUUAAUCAUUAGUAGUGAUAAUUUUCGCUUUGAAAAUAAUAAUUUAAGACCUACGCCACCUACUUCGACUACAGUGAAAUAUCCUACUAACCCAUUUCUGCCUGUUACGCCAUCAAUUCAGUCACCACUAAAUUGCAAUUCUUAUCCGAAACAUCCAAUGUGUGGAGAGGUUGGCAUAAUAGAAACGACAACUUUUCAAACACCAGAGAAAAAAGCAAACACCAGUGGAGAAGGACUAAUCGAUGUGAAAUAAAGCAGUAUCCAAGAUGUAAAAAUUUAUAGAUGCUGAAUUCGCAUUUUCAGUAAUUGAUAAAUCUGAAAAAUCCCUUUUUAGGAAUAAUUUAUAUUAUUUUUAGAUAUUAAUGUCAUAUGUUUUUUGGGUUCCCGAAUCCGCAUUUAACCGAAUUAAAAUAUUUUACCGAAAGCUCUAUAUACACUUUUCCCUCGAAAACUAUUGUACUAAAUGCAUUUUUACCGAAUUGACAUAAUAUAUCCCGAAAAUGAAAAAGAAAUGUUUGAAAAUGAAGAACAUUAUUUGAAAGUAAAAAUUUAUAAAAUGUAUAAAAAUACAAUUAUUUCAGAAUAAUUUCAAAGAAUAAUAAAUAAAAAUAUAAUCGCACAAGUAUUAAAAAUAUUAAAUUUUCUUAAUUUGCAAUUAAAAUUUCAAACGGCAAUAUUAUAAGCAAAGGCGUGUAAGAACUAUGAAGGUUGAGACGAUCGUUUUGCUUCCUCGUGGAUUAGAAGCACUUUGUAAUCAUUUAAUUUAUAAAAUUUUUAGAAAUACUUGAAAAAAUUUUCCUCUAUAUAGAAAUGUGUUAUACAUAAAAGACCCUGAACAAAUGUACACAACAAAUGUGUGUGUGUGUGGGUGUGUGGCUCCUUUUUUUGUAAACGCACGAUAACUCAAAGAGGUUUCAACGAAUUUGGCUAAAAAUUUGCUAUAUGGUCAAGAAUAAUAUUUGUAUGAUGGUUGCUAGAACUAAAAGUUUACGAAAAACGUGACAUAUAGAGAUUCGUUAAAACAUAAAAGAAAUCAAUUUUCUCCUUGUACAUCACGCAUUGCUUAAAGUAUUCUUAAUGUUACUAGAGUUAUGCAUAUUUUUUUAGUUGUUUACUUUUUUAUACAAUUUUUGUUAUUAUUGUAUACCAUAUUCUUAAAAGUGUCCUUAUAUAUUAAGUAGCAUCACUUUUCUUUAGCGACGUGUAAAGCAGCGCAAUAUUCGGUUAGGAACGUUUGCGCGUUUGUCAUUUUCGAUUUUCAGAAUGAUGUCAAAUGAAAGAGAGAGAGAUUAAAAAUGACGCAAUAGAAGAAUAAGAAAAUUGCCUGCGGUCGGUUGGAAUAAAUCUGAAAUUUUUUAAACGUCAUUUAUUUUCAUAGAUAGAUCAUCGCGCGUGGGUAAGUGGAGGUUCAUCUUUUUAUGUGCGAGUCUUCUUCAGUCUUCCAAAAAAAAGUCGUUUCCUUGAAAUAUUUUCCUAUAUUGAAAAGCUAAAUUCAAAGUAAUAGAUAGACUAGUACUUUAAACUGUAAUUAGGAAUUGCAAUUUCUGCGUAAUUUUGAAAUAAAUAAAUUAAUCAACAUCAGAAGCAUGUUGCAAAAGAUACGCAUGUAAAAUUCGAGAUGUAUUGUUAAUUCAUCGCAAAAGCAUGUUUUUACAAAAUUUGAUCACGGCUGUUUUUAAAACGUGGUAAACAAAUUAAAACUUUGCAAAUUGAUACUUUUUUUUUUACUACUCUUUUACUAUAGAUUAAAAUUAUUCAUAAAUGUUUGGUUUUUAUAU